AUGCCUGUCUGGGGGGCCUUGUUCCUGCUCUGGGCCGCGGAGGCCGCCAAGGACUGCCCCACGCAGUGCACCUGCCAGGCCCUGGAAACCAUGGGGCUGCGGGUGGACUGCGAGGGGCGGGGGCUCACCGCCCUGCCUGCUCUCCCCGCCCACACCCGCCACCUCCUGCUGGUCAAUAACAGCCUGCGCUCCAUACCCCCCGGCGCCUUCGACCACCUGCCCCAGCUGCAGACCCUCAGCGUGUCGCAGAACCCCUGGCACUGUGACUGCAGCCUCACCUACCUGCGCCUCUGGCUGGAGGACCGCAUGCCUGAGGCCCUGCCGCUCGUUCGCUGUGCCAGCCCCGCCCUCGCCACCCACCGCCCGCUGGGCCAGCUGACGGGCUACGAGCUGGGCGACUGCGGCUGGCAGCUACAGGCGUCCUGGGCCGCCCCGGGGUUCUGGGGGGACGUGGCGCUGGUUGUCGUGGCCACGCUGGGCCUGGCUCUCCUGGCUGGCCUGCUGUGCACCGUCACAGAGCCCCUGGACUGAGCCCAGGACCCCAGGGUCCCCCCAGACCAGCGGCCAGGACAUGAGCCCCUGCUCAGACCCCACCAGCCCUGGUCAGCCCGAGCCGCCAGUAGCUCAAAAUAGACUCGCUGCUCAGCCGCCUUAUCCAAGCUCGGAGAUUUCCUCAGCACCUGAGUCUGGCUCUUUCUGGAAACCUGCGUCCAUUUGUUAUCACCAGAUAUCAAGUGGGGCUUCUCCGUCCCCCAAGUUCCUAGUAAAACGGGCUGCCCCACACCAGCCA